CGGCCCGAUGGGGUCCCGAUAGAAGCAGGACGUCCGGACCAAACAUCUCCAUGGGGUAAAAAAACAAACAAGGAGACGCCGCCAUCACCCGUGAUUCAUCAACACGACGGCGUGCACGAUGAAGGACGGGCCAACCUGUGACAUAUGAGUUCAAGUAUGUGGCAGUGAAGCGGUGAAAGGCUGACCAUGGGGGACUGGAACCUGCUGGGCAGCAUYCUAGAAGAGGUCCACAUCCAUUCCACCAUCGUGGGGAAGGUCUGGCUCACCAUCCUCUUCAUCUUCCGCAUGCUGAUCCUGGGAGCGGCCGCCGAGGACGUCUGGGACGACGAGCAGUCCGAGUUCGUCUGCAACACGGACCAGCCGGGCUGCAAGACGGUCUGCUACGACCGAGCCUUCCCCAUCUCCCUCAUCCGCUUCUGGGUGCUGCAGGUCAUCUUCGUGUCCGCGCCCUCGCUCGUCUACAUGGGCCACGCCCUCUACUGCAUCCGGACGCUGGAGAAGGAGCGCCACCGGCGGCGCAUCCAGCUGAAGGAGGAGCUGGACGAGACGGAGCAGGCGCUGGAGGACCACAAGCGCUUGGAGAGGGAGCUGAGGAGGCUGGAGGAGCAGAAGAAGGUGAAGAAAGCUCCCCUGCGAGGCUCCCUGCUGAGAACCUACAUCAUCCAUAUCCUUACUCGCUCCGUGGUGGAGGUCUGCUUCAUCCUGGGUCAGUGCGUCCUGUACGGGAUCCACCUGGAGCCCCUGUACAAAUGUGAGAGGCGUCCCUGCCCCAACAGCGUGGACUGCUACAUCUCCAGGCCCACGGAGAAGACCAUCUUCAUGGUCUUCAUGAUCGUCAUCGCCGGGGUGUCGCUUUUCCUGAACAUCCUGGAGAUACUCCACCUGGGUGUGCGUAGAAUCAAACARAUCCUGUACGGAGACAGGUACGCCGAGGACGACAGUUUGAUCUACAGGUCCAAGAAGAAGGUCUCCUUGUCGCAGCUCUGCGUCAUGAGCCACGUUUCGCCUCACAACGGGCCUUUGACUCAGACCUUCAAAGUCCUCCAGGAGGCAGACAUGAAGCCUCUUCACUACGGCAGCGGGCUCAAAGCCGGCCACGAGCCAAUGAGACACAACAGCUUGGCUCAUCUGGGUCAGACCGGGUACACCUGCCCACAGGCAAGGAUACCAUUCAGGUCUGAGGACAGCUGCGCGACCCAGAUCCACCAAAGAAGAGAGAGUCUAGAGGUCCACGCUGUGACGCUGGACCACCAUCCAGGCUGGARCUCUGCCAUGUCCACGGUCGAGGAGGACACGGCGAGCCAAGGAGAACUCCACGAGGAGGAGCGUUCUCAGCYGGGCCAUCUGGACUCUCUGCUGCCCGGCAGCGCCCUGAGGCCCGGCGCCAUCAGGGACCCCCUCAAAGACAACAGACGAGAGUCUACGAUCAGCCAGUUCCAAAACCCCAACCCCAGGAGGACCAGCUUCAUGACCAGGCCGCCGUCCGAGAGCCUGUCAUCCAUGACGGGGUCCACCAGCCCGUCCUUACACAGCUCCGAGGAGUCCGAUGAGCUGUGCUCGCUGCAGGGAGACAUGCCCAUGAUGCCGCCCGCCGGAGGCCGGAGGAUGUCCAUGAGCAUGUUCCUGGACAUUUCCUCCAUCAUGAAGAAGUGAGGACCUGGGUUCUUCAGCAGCUCGGACCCAAACAGCAGAGAAACUGUAUCAGUGAUACGUCGAUUCUCCGGGCGAGUCGCAUGGGGUCAGGAUCGAUCGGGCAGCCGUGAUGAGGCGGUCGACUCUCAGCCGCAGAGCAGCGAGUUUCAAAACGUCCCAGCGAGCGUUCGGCUGCCAAACGGAGGGUUUUAUAAAAUCAGAGACAAACUCCAGAGCAGGGGUGGGCAAUCCUGGUCCUCG